AUGCCUCUACCUGCUUCACACUCUCCCCCUCACUCCCCUCCCCUUUCCACACCAACAGCACCAACAGCAUCUGAGGGGUGGAGGAGAGGAAGCGGCGGGGGCGGGUGGGGCUGGCCGCUGGUAUGUGCGUUGGUAUGUGGUAUGUGGUGGACAGAGGAGGGCAAUGUGGUGAACCGGAUGCAUCUGCCGUGUGUCGGCCGUAAGGAGCCCAGCUCGUGGCAGCGAUGCAAAGCCAGCGGCAUGGGAGGCGGCUGGCGAGCUGCUGAAGCAGCAGUACUGGUGGCGGUGAAGGCGGUGGUCAGUGGGGAGUGGGGUGGAGGCAGGCGACGAGGGAGCCCAACUCAAUUCCAUGACACACAGCAGGGCAGCAUGGCAGAGCCAUGGGCAGCAGCAGCAAUGGUGGCGGUGAACUGGGCAGCAUGGCAGAGUCUUGAUGGAGCAGCAGUGGUGGUGGUGAAGGCGGUUGGCAACGACCGGGGUGGGAGGCGAGCCGGAGGGAGGCGUGGGAGGCUGACUCAUGGGGAGGAGGGCAGUUUGAGUCAGCAGAAGCCAUGA